GUUAAGAUAAGAAAGAACAAACACAUCGUUGAAGACAAAGUGACCUUAUAGUAAGUGAUGUACACAGCAAACUAUUCGGGGAACACACCCUUAUUUGAGUCCCAAUUGCGAUAACAAAUAAACCAGCUUUGUGUUGCACUGAGAUACGACUUGCCUAGAAGAAUGUUUGCACAGGAGUGACUCACGGAGUAUGUUCAAGAGUGGACAGUGAAGAUCAUCCUGGGCAGUUACUGCAGAAAAAGGAACUUAGACCAAGAGCAGCGUUUUGUGGAGCCCCACCAUUCUGAGCAAGAUGCCUGUGUCAGUGAAUUAUAAAUCAGUGACGGGUCCAGUCGGAAUCGUGAGAUUCUUCGAAAUCUUUCUCUCAUGUACGGCUUUCAGCCUGGUCGCCCACGUGAGGCAAUAUUACGGACCUUACGGGGGCUGGUGUAUGUUUUCAUGGUGCUUCUCUUUCGCCAUCUCAGUUCUGAUCAUUGUGCUGGAGUUGACGGCCUUUUAUUCCAGCAUUCCCAUAUCCUGGGAGGACUUCACUGGUUCCUUUGCAAUGCUCGCUGCGCUGAUGAACUUAACGGCCUCGAUAAUCUACCCAGCCGUUUUCCUCACCUCCAGCAACCAGGCGAGCCAAGACUUUAAGAUAGCUGCCACCGUUAUGAGUUGCUUGUGUUUUCUUGCUUAUGCGAUCGAAGUUGGCCUCACACGGGUAAGACCUGGUGAAAUCAGUGUAUUUUUAAAGACAGUUCCCGGCCUCCUGAAAGUGUUGGAAGCUUUUAUAGCUUGUAUAAUCUUUGUGAUAAUCGAGGGCUCGUAUCAAGCCAACGGUGGGCGGCAGUGGUGCAUGGCUGUGUACUGCAUAUGCUUCAUCAUCACCUUUUCCAUCAUCAUUCUAACCAUAGCAAGACUCAUUGUAAGGCUACCAUUUCCAUUUGAGAGAUUUUUGACCGUCUAUAACAUUGUGGCUGUAUUGAUGUACAUCACUGCUGCAAUCAUCUGGCCACUUUUUUGCUUCAGCGAGGGCUAUGGCCAGCCCACCAGACCAGCCAACUGUGUAAAAGGCAGAUGCCCUUGGGAAAAUCAGGUCAUCGUAGCUGUAUUAACUUUUGUAAAUCUUGUUGUGUAUAUAGUGGAUCUGGUUUAUUCUGCCAAGUUAGUGUUUGUCACUCGUGCAUAAAUGCUUCCGAAACCACAUCCAUUGGUAUUGGAGAAAGGAUAGCCUUGAUUGCUAUUCUGAAUGUGUCUAAAUACAUUGCAUCUUUCCAUUCUGUGAGCUGCCUCAUUUUCUGAUCAUUGAAAUCAAAUGUCACAAAAGGAAAUUUGCUUUCUUGAUUGUACUCAAAGUAAACAGGGAAGCCACACAAACUGGGAAGAUCCCAAAUAUGAUCUGCCGUUUGUGGCUGACCAGUAUUUGCCUUAGCUGUCUUUGCUUUACAUUGCAACUCAGUGAUACUAGCUGUUAGUGAACAUAUAGAUGGACAUAAGAUAAAGAGCACAAUUCAGAUUGGCUGCCAUUCUCGCAACAUUGAGUCACACACAACAUUUAACAGCUCAAAAUUCCUUUGGAUUUGACAUUUGUGCCACUAUGUUCCGAAAAGCAGUCAAAAGAGCCUGGGAGGAGAGAAUAUUAAGGACAGCGACUUGAAGCAGCGUCCAUCUUGAGCUAUGUUAAAAGUUGACUGCUUCUCAAUGUUUUGGAUAUUUUUUAGAAAAUAAAUUAACCAGGGUUACACAACUCACAAAGCAGACACUAGUAUGGAUGUCAAAUGAGCUUCAGAUUGCUCCCAACAGGAAUCUUGCAGCACAUCACUGAGGCAGACCUCCUGAGUGCAGCAGUAAUGUCGUGGCCGGAAGAUUCAGGUACAAGUCCCACCUGCUCCAGAGGUGUGUCAUAACAUCCCUGAGCAGGUUGUUUUCAAAUAAAAGGAUAACUCUCAAUGGAUUUUUGAAGACUUCUUUAUUGCAGGUUUGAUACAAAUUGAAUAUGUGACAGCUCUGGAAAAUACCCUUUUUUGUUGCACUGAUGCUAAUCUUGUGGCCAGUUGGAAAGAAAAUUGCAUAAAUUGUAAUGUAUUUUAUUCAACAUAGAAUCUGCAGCAGAAACACAGGCCCAGUCAGUCUGUACCAUUUUUUGUUUUAUGCAGAAGCUUUCUCCCACUCUAAUGAACCUUUCCCCAAUCUAAUUAGCUCAUUCCCUCCUUGCAUUCUUAUUCCUCCAUUCCAUUUUCCCACAUGUAUGCAACAAGCCUGCCCUUCAGAGCAUAAAUGCUUCUCAAGUUCUGUGUGGCAACUUGUUACACAUUCUUGCCGUAGCUAAAUCCUACAGGCUCUUUAGGUAUCUACUUGAUCAGCAAAGAUCUGAUGAAACCCUUAUGUAGUCCUAAACCGGUAACAAUUUUCCGAAAUCAACCCCAUCAAAUUCCUAUUUAAAGAGCCCUGUGAGGGGUCCUCUUUUUGCAGAGAAAAGAGCUCCAGUCUGUUCAGCAUUUCCAGAUAGUCACACCCUUGCAAUUCAGAUAUCACCUUCAUCAAUCUUAUCUGCAUUUUCCCUCAUGUUUCCAAAUGCAUUUUACAUAAUAGAUAUCAGAACUGUGUGCAGUGUUCCAAAUGUGGUCAAACCAAGGUUCUCUGCAAAUUUAAUGGUACUACCUUGUGUUUGUAUUCCAUUGUUCUAGAAAGGAAAUCCAGUACCUUUUUUGCACUCGUUAUGGCCUUAUUGACUUGUAUUGCUAAUUCUGAAAUUCAUCCAUUAAUAUUCCCAGGACUCUUCAUGUCGCUGUUCCAUUUCAUUACCUGUAUUCCAAGGAAUAAACUCCCUAACUCUACUGAACUCAACCUUCCCAGGUUUGACAAACUGAAUUUCACAAGCCUUACACUCAACUAAUCAUGCAGCAGCCCUGCACAUUAUUGCCUCAUUCCCAAGUAUUGUCUACAACUCUUGACACAGUAAUUCAAAUUUCCAAAUCAACAUGAUUCAUGUCUGUGACAUUUAAUAUCCCUUCCACAGCAAGUAUUCUUGUUAGUUGGCUGGAUGGUUCGUUCGUUUGUAAUGCCAACAGCAUGGGUUCAAUUCCUACAUCGAUUGAGGUUACCAUGAAGGAUUUUCCUUCUCAGCCUCACCCCUUGCCCGAGACAGGGUGACCCUUAGGUUAAACCACCAUUAGUUGUCUCUCUGUAAUGUAAGGGCACCCCUAGGGUCCAGCUGUCUAGGAGAGAUCAAUUUAUACUUAGAAAACAAGGUGUAGAGCUGGUUGAAUACAGCCUGCCAGGCAGCAUCAGAGGAGCAGGAAAGCUGAUGUUUUGGGUCUGGAUCCUUCUUCAGAUUUUCCUGAAGGAUCCAGACCAGAAACGUUAGCUUUCCUGCUCCUCUGAUGCUGCCUGGCCUGCUGUGUUCAUACAGCUCUACACCUUGUUAUCUCAGAUUCUCCAGCAUCGACAGUUCCUACUAUCUCUGUUUAUACAUAUCCUUGUUUGUUGUUUUACCAGAUUCUUUCAGUUGAGCCAGUACUAGACCUCUAAAUCCACAAGCACUGAUCAUUGUUACGCAUAUAGCACCUUCUGAAAAUGCUCUCAUUACUCUUAGCUUUUCAAAGAAUUCAAUAAGAUAAUUAAACAUGGCCUUCCUUUUAGAAGUCUGUGUUAACUAUAUUUGUAACUGUAUUGCCAGUCUAGAUGUUUGUUGAUCUUGUAGAAAAAAUACUUCUGAAUGUUUCCCUAAUUUUCCCAAGGUUGGUUCUCCCCCUCUUUGUGAUGAUGAAGAUUACAUUGUGUUGCCCAUGUCCUCUGGCAUUAUUCCUUUUUCUAUCACAUUUUCACGUGAAUAUUAGUAUCAUUGUCAUAUCCUUCCCAGCCUCAAUGAAGAAUUCAUGAGGGAAAUCCAAUAGCACCCAAGGUCUUGGUUCUAUUAUGGUUGAUUAUUAUCUCUGUCCUUUUGAUUUUAACUGUUUUAAUAAUCCUCUUAAAUUGGUCUACUCUUGCCAUUUCUCUGGCAGCCCCUUCAGUGACAAAGCGUUGGUUCAGUAUGCAUGCCAUUUCUCUGGCAGCCCCUUCAGUGACAAAGCGUUGGUUCAGUAUGCAUGCCAUUUCUCUGGCAAGUUUAUCCUGCAGUUUUACUUUUCACUACUCCUUGGCCUGUUUUAAUUCUCCUUUAUUUACAUGUCUCGAAAAAAUGGAUUCACUAUUUCAUUUUACAUUAUUCUACAGUUUCAUUUUGUAUUGGGCAAAGAGUUUUCAAUAUCUCAUUCCUAAAUCCAUUAUUAUUCCAUCAUUGUCCAUGACUUUAUCCAAGUUCUUUUCUUUAGAUUCAGUCAGCCCUCAUCUCUUCACUUAUUCAUGGGAUUUCUUGGCUAUUUGUUCUAAUUUUUCAAUGGACUAUAUUGUGUCUGAAUUAUAUCAAUUUUUCUGCAUUUCCUUUUCUUUCCACACCAGUGAAAAUUUCACGUCAACAUUUAGUUAGUGAGCUAUGUUGAAAUUAAAUGCGAAUCUGAUGGCAUUCAGCAUCAAGACCUGCUUCACUUCUGCAAAUGUUAACGGCAGAAAAUGUAUACUUAAGGAGUGUUGAGAUGUUUAUUUGAAAUAUCAGAAAUGAUUUGUGAAAAUAUUAGAUUAUUUUUCUGAAAAGACCUAUUCCUUCCCAACAAAAAUAAAUGUGUGACGAGCCACUUUAGUGCCAAUCAAUGUUAGAUAUAAUGUAAUGUAUGCCUUGGUUGCUGGACAUUAAGCCGCAUUUUGCUUUCAGUUUCUGGGAUUCUCUUUGUUUUGUAUCCUUUAUAGAUUCUCAAAGUGUUGUAAUUGAAGUGUAAAGGGAAAUGAAUUAAAGACGUUUUACAUUUUGUAUACAACAAAA